UGGUUGGGAGUUAUCAGCCGGCUUGAAAUAGGGAAGUUUGUCAAGUCGCCUGUGUCCGGCUUUUAGAUCGUGAAGUGUUUCGUGGUGCUGAUUGAGCGCUUUCUCUGGCAUCAUGGUCGAGCAGUUUGUAGGAAAGUGGACUCUAGUCUCCAGCGAGAACUUCGAUGAAUACAUGAAGGCAGUCGGUAUGAGCUUUGCCACUCGCCAGAUGGGGAACCUGGCAAAGCCCAACCUGAUCAUCAGCGUGGCGGAUGACGGGGUCAUUUCAAUAAAGGCUGAGAGCACUUUGAAGACGACCUCGAUCCAGUUCAAGCUGAACGAAGAGUUUGAUGAGACGACGGCAGACGGGCGCAACGCAAAGUCCAUCUUCACCUUGGAGAAUGGAAAACUUAUGCAGAAACAAUCAUGGGAAGGAAAGACUACGACCCUGGAGAGGGAGGUUCAAGAUGGAAAACUUACGGCUAAAUGUAUCAUGGAUGAUGUUGUUGCAGUUAGGACCUAUGAAAAGGCAGCAUAACCUCCCUGUGAGCCGGAUGCUAAUGAAUUGAGGUCUAUGAAGCUCUAAAUAAAAUCUAUGAUGCUA